AUUCAUUCUUCGUUUAAUGACUAAACUGUCUGGAUUUAUACAAAAUAUUUGUAGUGGAAAAAAUUAUUAAUAGCAAAUUUUUCAAGUUUUUUUGCACAACUCACCAAAUAAAAUCACUAACAAAAUUCGAAGUAUACUUUCGAAUUAAAAAUGUCGUAUCGUCCACUCUUUGGCAAAUUAAUGGAGGCUACCAAGCUUCGUCAGUUGUUGACUAAUCAGCAUCCGAUGAUAAUGCGCUCACAGCUCCGAUAUAGUUCCAUCAAACCCAGAACUCCUCUUAACAGCCCGUCGAUGUUCAGUCCAACGGUUAUUAAGCGCUACUGGGAGUUGACUCCCCUGUUUGUUAUUGUUGGUGGCGCAGUUUUGGGUCUAUGCUACGCAAUCGUGCGAAAUGGACUGUCACGUGACGAUGUGCGCUUCUACUCCAGCGCUAAAAUGAAUUGUGAGAACAUUGAAAAGUCCGAUCCCAGAAAGUUUUUGGUGUAUAAUCAAAAAUAUAAAGUACCUGAAGGAUUAAAGGAGGCAUUAGCUGCACUUGAAGAACCCACAGAGGAGGAGAAAAAUGCAGCUGCCAAGAAGUCAAAGUAAAAAAGUGUGCCGAAUAAUAAAUUAGUAUCGGCAUAUCGUUUUAAAAUAAUAUUGUUAAGGUUAAGAGAAAAGUUAUGAAUUCCAAUGGAGAGGCACUAGUAAAUUAGAAAAUUCAUAUAUUUGUAUGAAAGCAUUACGCUGGGCGCUGAAAUUUAUUGUUGUUGAACAGAGAAGGAAUUGAUUUACGAAAAAAUGAAAUAUUUUGUAAAAAUUACAUUAAUUUAUUUUUUUGUUAUAAAAAUAAGUACAAACUAAACUGUCAAUUUACUGAGAAUUGGAAAAGUGAUGGUUAAUAUCUACGAAUGAUUCUUUUAAAUUACAAUUCGCCUUGUACAGAUGUACACAGAUAUUUCAUUUUUAAUAUUCUCAAACAGAGAACCAUUCGCUUCAAAUUAAAAAAAAAAAUCGUAAGUGUGUACGAACAAAAAUGCAAAAAUUUUACUAUAAUUUAUUUAUUAAAUAUUUUAUGUAAUCGCUUGUUCCUUAAGUCA